CUGGCCGCCCGCUGAUUAUGUCAUUGCGCAAGAAUUCGGGUUGUCAGCAUCGUCAGGCUAAUAUAACAUUGCAUAUUGAUUAUGUUAGUCAUGUUACGCAAAAAUACUAAAGGAAGUUAUUUACACACUUUCACACGCAAAUUUGAAGCCAAAUACCUUUAAAGAUUCCUAUUUUGAUGCCAGCAAAACGUUUUAGAUGUUGAUGGUUCAUUCAUAACUAAAGUAAGUCGAUAUUGAUUUAUUUUUUCCCGAUCUCGUCAUUUCGAGUGCAUUCUAACUGUAUUUUGGAACAAGUAUUAAGUGUCAGACGGCUUACUGGCAUCCGUCGGUCAACCGAUGUGAUGUCUUGUGACUUGCUGUUCAACAGCACGAUUUGUGAAUGAAUAUGAUUUUUGUACUACAUUAAUGAUAGUUAGAGUAUUAUUAGGAUUAUUAUAUGUGGCACGUUUAUAAAUGUAAUAGGAUAUUUAGUUAUUUACACGCUGAUGACGUCAGAUCACAGGAUUAAUAAUUUCUUCGAAUUUGUGUGAAUUUGAAUAACAAAACAUUAAGCUGUAAUACUCCCUAAUGUGUCCUACUUUGUUAUCUUAGGGGCUGUUUAUACUAAAGCCGGGCUGGCCUGCUUAGCGGGAUGGCCCGGUCUUGCUGAGUGGGCCAGCCUGGCUUCUAUAUAAACAGUCCUGUACUCUAUCAUUACUGUUAGGCAAUUUAACUUGUCAAAAUGUAAAUCGAUCAGAACUUGUCAAUUUAUCUAGCUUGUAAAGUGUUGGGUAUUGUUGAGUUUAGCAUUUUUACACAUUGUUACACUCAAUGAAUGUGUGCUACGGUUUGUUAGUGAACCCUUGUGCAGAAUAGACCACACUAUUUCAAAUGGUUCCCGUGAGUGGAUAAUUACAUGUAACUAUGUCAAGCGUUCCUCUUUUGAGUUUCUAAAUUGAUUGCAAUUUUUCUCAUUACCUUUGCAAUUUAAAAAACUUCCUUGCAAAUCCCUUGAGGGAACUUGCAAUGUUGCUAAAAGCCGAUAUUUAACUUUUCCUUAGUUCCUGUUAGAAGUUCUUAACUUCCUGUUACAAGUUCCUAACUUCAGGAAGUUAGUUCUGCAUGUUGCAAUUGGCUAACAAAAAUAAUCCACCAAUGACAAUGCUCAGAACAGAACAGAACAGAACAGGAAGUUAGGAAAUUAAAACAGGAAGUUAGCAAAAAUUUUAAAUGUACUUUUUUUGCAUUGGAAUGUUGCAACAGCCGAUAGGAACAUUGCAAAUUCCUCAAGGGAUUUGCAAAGAGUUUUUCAAAUUUGCAAAGCUAAUAAGGAAAAUUCCAAAUGAGUUAGGAAGUCAAAAGAGGAAGGCUUCAUGUAGUUUACCUGUAACACUUAUAAAUCUACAUUCACACCUAGGGCAAAUCUACAUUCACACCUAUGAAUUAGGAACCAUACUCAAAUGCAGGUUCUCACGGAACCAGAUUAAUUGCGGGAUGAAAAGUGCCCGCACAGAACCGGAUGAAUUGUAGUCCCGGAAGUAUUUAUGUAUGUGUGCACGGAUGUUCUCAAUCCCAAUCCUCUACAGUGCAAAAUGGUCUUGAAAGAGACUGGUUCUGCUGUUCACGUGAGGCCAUCUGAUUUAGGAGCAAUUCUUGUGCAAAACAAGACCCACUUUUAUUUGGUCUCGAAUUUGUACAGUUAGCUGUGCUGGAAUUUGUCCGGUUUUAUACGCCCCGUGUGAAUGCAAGGUGAAACCGAACGAAUGUGAGCAUGGUUCCGAAUUCAUUCGGCCCAUUGAGAUACAAGAACAGGGGCGUAGGAAGCAUAAAAAAGUUGGAGGGGCCGUAUACAGAGAUGCAAUUGCAUAAAGCACUGGCCCCAGUGAAUGGUAUUUUUCUGCCAAAUGUACCCACACAAAUACACUAUGGCUUAUUAUGUAAACCUUUAUAGAUAUGGUGGAUAUUAAUGUCAUUCAGGAAGAAUGCUUCCUAGAUGAAAUCCUAACUGAGCUUCCCAACCGAGUGGCAAAGCCGACCCCAGGUGUCAAAGGAAAAAACCUGAAAAAAUUGUUCCACCAAUUCAGUGACUCGUUGAAAGACAUCCAGCUGCAGUAUACCUGUGUCGAUGUCUCGAGUGUUGCUUUCGCUUUCGGAACAAAUGUUGGAAAUGCUUAUGUCUACCAACGGAAACAAAAAAAGAUUUUACAAAUAUCUUCAGAGGUUGUGAUAAGUGAAUGAAAUUAUGUUAAAUAUAAACAUAGGAAAGAUCAUCCGAGCUUUUAUAUGCAUUGAAAUUGUGCUUUCCCAACUUGACAGCCCCAUAAUGGUGGAACAUUAGCCCAGUUUGCUAGGAAGAACAGUUUAGAACUGAUAGAUCUAUCCAGUAUAAAUAAAGUUAGUUUAGUUUUCCUCCUGUAGUAACACUGGAUCAAUAAGAUAUGAUCCUUACUGAACCUCAAGGAAGAACAGUUUAGAACUGAUUGAGCUAUCCAGUAUAAGUAAAGUUAAUUUAGUUUAGGUUUCCUCCUGUAGUAACACUGGAUCAAUAAGAGAUGAUCCUUACUGGACCUCUAGGAAGAACAGUUUAGAACUGAUAGAACUAUCCAGUAUAAAUAAAGUUAGUUUAGUUUAGGUUUCCUCCUGUAGUAACACUGGAUCAAUAAGAGAUGAUCUUUACUGGACCUCCAGGGAGAACAGUUUAGAACUGAUAGAGCUAUCCAGUAUAAACAAAAUUAGUUUAAUUUAGGCUUAACGUGUCAGGAGAGACAGUAUCCAUCUUUAUUUUUUGUGCUAGACAAAAUAUGUUCCAGCAACAUGUAUUAGGCUUGCUGCUGGAUGUACUACAGUCGCAUUUGGACACGAAUGUGGAACUUUCGCUGUUGGCUUGGUGGAUCCACCCAUACACAAAGUAAGAACUCCGCCCUCGUAAUCAAAUUAUGCCCCGGGAUUCAGACUUAUUCAGUUUGGGUCGUUGCCUCAAUGGGGCUACCAGCGGUGACAAGCAAAUUACUUUUUAUAAAGAGAAAAUGCUCAUUAAGAAUAAUAUUUUUUUUCAAAACCUCGUCAAAUACGUAAGAAAUCCUAUGAUAUUGGUACACCUUACACGUCUUUGGCCAGAAAGCUACUAUUUAUCGUCUAUGCCAAUUAUUUUCCAAACGAAAGUUCAGUGGUGUGAAGUGGAAUGCUGUAAGUAACUUCGUUACAAGGAACGAAACUACAAGUAAUCGUUGCGUUUUGAAAAUAGGUAACUGUACUAGUUACAUUUUCGCUUAAUAAAAUAAAAUGAAACGAUAUAUAUAACGCGUUAUUUUUCUGACGUAUUUUCGUGACAUUUUCACGUUAAAAUAUAGUAUACUUGCUAUUUUUGUUUAUACUAUCAACUUUCAUUAUUUUAAUGUGGUCGACAAACUUAUUCACUGCACAAUAACUCCCCUGGCUAUUUGGCAGCUUAAUUUGUAUUUUAAAAUGGGUUACCUUAUAUACUUUACAGUAAUUUACUUGAACGCACUGUCAAUGUACAGUAUACAGUAAUUAUUAAAACCUGCAGAUGUCACUUUAAACAACUUAGAAAAAAUGGAACGUAACUUUUUAACAACUGCAGUUACAAAAAUCGCGAAAUAACUUUGCAAUGGUAACAUUACAUUUUAUAUGUGGUAACUUUUACGGCUAACUAGUUCAUUUUUUAAGCAUCUGAAGUCCUGUGACUAGUUCCCAAAAAUAAGUAACCUUUUAAGGCAUUGUGUAUGUGAUAUUUUCAAAACCAUAUAUGUGAAUAUUUUCCGUCUAGUCAUUUGACUCGCUAACAGCGGAGGAUAUUCACCAUUCGAGUAUCACGUGUUUGGAAUGGUCUAAUGAUGGUUUAAUUCUGUAUGCUGGUGAUAGUCAUGGUAAAAUAUCGAUGUCUGUCGUCAAAAUUUCUGAGGUAAAAUAUUGUGAGACAGUAGCACUGGGCACUGUUUGAGCUGAUUUCUACUUCACACACAAAAAUUUCAACAAGUUUUGUUCGCACUGCUUGUCCCAAGUUGUCAACAAGUAUGGAACAACUUCUUAACAGCGUUUUUUUCUGUGUUAGUGUAAUGUACUCAGGUGAAUAUGAUGCUUGUGAUGUUAACAGUUUUAACAACCUUGUUGAUAUUAUCAGACUUGUUGCAAGGUUGUUCCAACAAGUUCCGUACGGUCAUGAUAUAACAAUAUUGUUACAACCUUGUGUCGUCAACCUUGUACCAUUCCUGCAAAAUCAUGACUGUAUCAGACUCGUUAGAACAACCUUGUAACAAGUCUGAUAAUGCCAUCAAGCUUGUUACAAGUUGUUAACAGCUUGUUUCAAACUUUGUUACAACAACUGGGAACAAGCAGUGCGAACACAACUUGUGGACAGCUUGUGAACAGAUUUGUAACAACUUGUUUGCAGACUUGUAACAACUUGUGCGAACUAGCUUGAGGUAUCUCUUAUUCUCAUCGUUUCAUUCUGUUCAGGGGAUUUUACAAACAGCGAUAAUAGUAACAGAGGAUGGUAGUGUAGUGCAGUUAUGUUAUGGAGAAGACGCACUACUUAUUUCAACCAUAAAGCGAACUGUCCUCUGGCCUUUUCAUAAUGAAACACUUGUUCAAGUUGGAGAAAAAGAACGAAAAACGUAAGAAUCCACUCAAUCCAGUAAAUAGAUUUUUCCAUUGGGCUGAUGAACUUUGAUACCCAAUUCACAUUUUCAGAUAUUAAACUCACGUUUCAAUUAUAUCCAGUAUGUGAGUGAAUUGAUAACUAACAUGCCUAGUUACCACUGUUCUGAUGAUGUAAGCAUAGAAUGGAACAAAGGUAACCAAGCAUUUAAAUUAUACAUGUGAGUGAAUUGAUAACUCACAUGCGUACAGUGGUUACCAAUGUUCUGAUAAUGUGAGCAUAGAAUGGAACAAAGGUUAACACUCAUUUAAAUUAUAUAUGUGAGUGAAUUGAUAACUCACAUGCCUAGUUACCACUGUUCUGAUAAUGUAAGCAUAGAAUGGAACAAAGGUAACCAAAUAUUUAAAUUUCACAUGUGAGUGAAUUCGGUGCCAGCGGGCUUAUAUCUGAUUAGAUCCAUGGCUUUCAAUAUGUACAAAUCAAGUAUAAAAUAUAUUUUCUAUUUUUUUCCCUGCAGAUCGGGCGGUUUUGGCAGUUGCUUCAUUCCCGACACGCGUCGCGAGCCCACAAAGAAACUCUACGCUGCGCGACCGGGCCUGCGCGUGUGGACAGCGGACGAAAGCGGGAAGGUCUCGUCAACUUCCGUUUUCAAAUCGUUACUCGCCGACAAACCGCCGGUCAUACGAACAUUGAGCGGAAACGAUACCAAAUUUAACAGCAGCGGUCAGUUUGGCCAACUCCUGACAUUCUACAAUCAAUAUGUUAUAACGUGGGACGCAAACCAUAUUUGGGUACUUGACCUUGACCUCGGCAACGUCAUCGGUUGCCAUAGCAACUUGGGGAAAAUCCGUGACGUAGCAGUUUGCGGGCAUGAGGUGUUCGUCUUGGUGAACCAGCGAGAGAGGUUUUUAAGAAGAUUCAUUCUGACUAUCGAGCGAGUAUUGGAUUCGUCGUGUUUAGACGCGGUGAUAGCUGGCAGUGAGGAUGCUGGCGAGGCCGAGACCGAAGAAGGCGCUGAGAAGUCUGGGUUUAGUUUAACUUCGGCGUUAAUGAAUGUCCCCUUUAUGGCGUUAGAGGUAUUGCGCCUUCUUGUGACACUGGCCUGCACACGUAAAAAUCUCGCGUCGUGUAGCAAGUCUGCCAACAAGCCGUCAACAAGUUGUGUUCGCACUGCUUGUCCCAAGUUGUCAACAAGUUUGGAACAAGCUGUCAACAACUUGUAACAAGCUUGAUGAUCUUAUCAGACUUGUCACAAGGUUGUUCUGACAAGUCUUAUACAAUCAUGAUAUAAUAAGAAUGUUGUAAGGUUGACGACACAAGGUUGUAACAAUAUUGCUAUAUCAUGACUGUAUCGGUUUGUUGGAACAACCUUGCAACAAGUCUGAUAAUAUCAACAAGGUUGUUACAAGAUGUUAACAGCUUGUUCCAAACUUGUUGACAACUUGGGACAAGCAGUGCGAAGACAACUUGUUGGCGGACUUGCUACAAAGAAGUGAGAUUUUUACGUGUGCAGUCAUGACAGAUGACUUUUCUUCGCCCAGGUUCUUCCGUUUAUGUAACCAGCCCUUAGCACUCUCUUUACUUUCUUUUUUAUUUUUCUAUUUUCUAAGUGAAUGAAGUCUAAUUUAAAAGUGAUAAACCCGACCAUCUUUCCCUUUUCACAGAGUGAUGAAAACAAAGACAGUGGGCCAGAGAUAACUAGCGAGUUAGGCACAGUGGAGGUUGGUGGACCAGCUAAAAGCGAUAUAUUUGACAAGAUCAAUGCAAUUCCAUUGGAUGAAGGACCAGGUGACAUUGUGUUCACUGUGGCCAAGAAAAAAAAGAAGAAGAAGAAACAAAAACAGAGUACAUGUAGGUUGUUUUUGAGUCGAGAUUGGAAGAGGCAAUCUGUCCCUUGGUAUUUGGACACAUUCCAUCUAUUCUUUCUUCAGUUUACCCGUCCUUUGUUCCCAUUUAUCUACAGUUCCAUCUGAUAAACCAGUUUCAUUAAUUUCUAUCAUUCAUUCAUCUCUUAUCACAAGUUCAUACCAUCUCAACCUUGUUUCUCUCAUCUUCUCUGCAAUGUCUACCACCCACAUCUUCUUCUGAUCUCUUCAUUUUAUAAUGUCUCUGACCAGCUCUCCCUCAUCUCUUCUUAUUACGUGUCCAUAUCAUCUCACUUUGCUUCCCUCAUCUUCUCUGCAAUGUCUACCACCCCACAAUCUAUGUCUACCGGGCCUAUCUGUGUGUUUGUGUUCUCUCUUAUCACAUGUUCAUACCAUCUCAACCUUGUUUCUCUCAUCUUCUCUGCAAUGUCUACCACCCACAUCUUCUUCUGAUCUCUUCAUUCCAUAAUGUCUCUGACCAGCUCUCCUUCAUCUCUUCUUAUUACGUGUCCAUACCAUCUCACUUUGCUUCCCUCAUCUUCUCUGCAAUGUCUACCACCCCACAAUCUAUGUCUACCGGGCCUAUCUGUGUGUUUGUGUGACUGUUUGUUUGCCCGUCUAUUUGCCAUAUCUCUGUUUUCAAAAGCCAGAACUCCCUUUUCAAAUGCCAAAACUCCAUUUUCAAAUGCCAAAACUCCAUUUUCAAAUGCCAGAACUCCGUUUUCAGAUGCCAAAACUCCGUUUUCAGAUGCCAAAACUCCGUUUUCAAAUGCCAGAAUUCUGUUUCCAAAUGCCAGCACUACUUUUUCAGAUGCCAAAACGCCGUUUUUAAAUGCCAUAACUCCGUUUCGAAAUGCCAGAACUCAGUUUUCAGAUCUCUCACCUUCUCUGCAAUGUCUACCUCCUCACAUCUUCUUCUGAUCUCAACAUUUUCCUGUUUUCUCGACAAUAGCAUCUCUGCAAGUUGAAGAGACAUCGAGUGAAAGUCGAGCUAAGAUUGAACUCUCAGAAGAACCCGAGUCCCCUGACGUUUCAACACCACAUACUGAAGCAAUAACGACCACAGCAGGUAAAACACUGUAACUUUAAGUAUGUUGUAUUCAAAUAGACUGUACAUGUACAUGUGACCGAGACGAAAUUAUAAUCAGACAAUAGCAAGCUGCAGAAAUUGAAUCCCAUCCCAGAGGUGAAGCCUCCAUAUACCAGUGCAACCCUCCGUGAAAUGAUUGUAAUUAAGAAUUGUGUUUAUUGAGUUUCUCACUCAUGGGUGAGCGGAUUUCCCAACAGGCUAUUGCCCAAUUGAUAGGGGAUCCGAGGUACUUACGAUUUAACGUCCUUAUCCGAGAAGACGCGAAAGUCUAACCAUUUACUGAUGUCAAUGUAAAGGUAGCUCUUUCUCCUCAAUUAUUUUAAGACCUUGAGUGGAGGUUCGACCAAGGAUUGAACCCGGGGCUCCCAGCUUCAAAGGCAAACGGUCGUGACCAUGAUACCACAAAUGCUGGUUUUUAAACUCAAUAAUAUCUCAAUAACUCCUUUUGUUUCAGCAGAAGAGACAACAAGCAACGACAUGGAACCUCGUUCAACUCUUGAGACAGCGUUACCGAAUACCAGCAAAUCUCACGAAGAAGUGCCAGAUACCGCCGAAGACCCAGAAGCCGCAACCUUAGCUGUCAUCCUCGCUAAAAACACUCCUCAGAGAGACACACACGAUGAAGCAACAGACAAUGUAACAAAUGAAACGAAGACUGAAGAAAAACAGGGGUUAGAAACGGUUCAAAUAUCUGUGGCAGCGAACGAUUCGUCCGAUAAAACAGCUUCGUCGUUACCAGAGACUAAUACACGUGCCAAGGACAAUAUUCUGGAGCAAGAAGCAACGGGUACUGAAGCUAAGAUUGAAACGGGAACUUCGACAACAGAACAAACCUCUGCACCUCAGGAAACUACAACAGAUGAUGAACAGAAAAAGAAUACCCAGGCAACUCUGGAAACCCCAGCCAAAGAGCGUGAGAUUCAAAACGUGGCUGAUCCAUCCACCGACGUCUCUUCAACUUCCCGACAAGAUUCCUCAGACUCUACCGAUGUAUACCGAAACUCUUCCGAUCUCCUCCGAUUGGAUAGCCACGAAGACGACCAGCCCAAAAGCCCAGAGACGAGCACAGACCCGAUGGCGUCCAAACCACUCCCGAAAGAAGACCACGUCCCAUUACAUGCGGAUACUUGGUCAGGACGUUCUCUUCCAACCAGUCAAACAAUAGAACAUCUUGCAAUAUCUCAGAAAUACAUAUUCUGUAUAGACAGUCGGAGCAGAGUAUAUUUCUCUGAUCCUAACACAGCCUCGUGUAGCGGAUGGGAAAAGGCUGAUUUCAAAGCGAAGCAAAUUUAUGUGAAUUCACCUUGUGAUUUUAUUUCGUAUAUCGAUCACGGGAAGGCAUUUGUAAGAGGGAAUAUAAGCGAUACAAACCCGGUCGGCAAUACGUCGUUUCAAAUUCUGGACGAAGUAUCUCUACUUACAACUUGUUCCACUUGUACUUGGGCGCUAACUGCCGAUGGUACUUUGAGACGGGUAAACACGGCUGCAUUUGCAAAGCUCAAGUGUGACGCGAGGUCCAGUUCAAGCUGGAAGAUUGAAGAUUCCAAGGACAGUCUUGCUCAGAUUGUGUGUUAUGAAAAUGUUCUGUGGGGUCGCACUCAUGAUGAAACAUUGCUGGUUUAUCCAGGUAAAUAUGUGAGCAUAAUACCCUCUGCUAUAUACCAGGGACACAUAUUUUAUUGUUGUUUAUUGCGUUUCUCACUCUUUGGUGAGCGGAUUUUCCGACAGGCUUGUUGCCCAAUUCAUAGGCGAUCCAAGGUACGUACGAUUUAACGUCCUUAUCCGUGAAGACGCGAAAGUCUAACCAUUUACUGAUGUCAAUGAAAAGGUAGCUCUUUCUCCUCAAUUAUUUUAAGACUUUGAGUAGAGGUCCGACCAAGGAUUGAAUCCGAGUCUCCCAACUUGAAAGACAAGCAUGGUGACCACGGCACCACAAUUUAGAGCUGUUCUGUUAAGUAAGAGCCAUUGUCUGUAGAAUUUAUAUGAUAACCAAGAAUCCGGCACAGUAAAUGUUGUAGAAACAUUUAAGAAUUUUCGAUGUUUCCUGGAUUGUUUGCCAAGCCUUGAAAACGUUGUUGUGAAUACAAACUUUGCUUCACCAAAAAUAUUCCUUGACAAAUUUAGAAAAAUAUUUCGUUUGCGAAACGUGUUUCCUAAUUUUCCACCUUCGCGAAACCUGUACGGAUAGCAAUCAUGUGUAUUAAUACUAAAUACCGUUUCUCUAUUCGAUAUAGGACGCACCAGUGGCAAAAAGACAACAUGGAAAGACGAAGGUUAGUUCGUUAGUGUAGAUAAAUUGCAUUUACGAAUUGAACUAAAUUUACUUUUUACUGUAUCGCUUUGUCAUAUCUUAACUGUUUUCCCUGGAGGUGAAGUAAGGAACAUCCUUUGUUGCUACACACAUAAAAAUCUCACAACUUGUCAACAAGAUGUGUUCGCAACAGGCUUGUCAACAUAUUGUAACAAUGUUGUUAUUUUAUCAAGUUGCUACAAGGUUGUCACUCACAACUUGUAACAAGUCUGUUGAGCUCAACAACCUUGUAGCAAGUUGUCAACAAGCUGGGAACAAGCAGUGCGAACACAUCCUGUUGACAAGUUGUUGGAACAGCAUUGCUACAAGUCUGCUGCAGGUUUGUUACAACUUGUGCGUUUUUACGUUUCUACAAGAGGGAACAUCUGCUCAUGUCCUCUGAUGAAUUCUGUCUAACCAUGCACCUGCCACACCUUGGUGAAGUAUAAUUCAAUUUCUUUGUUUUAGACAAGAAAGCAAAAUGGCUGCACAUGAGUGAUGACGGUACGGUGUGGAUUAUAACACCUGACGAUCAGAUUUGGUUUAAACCUCAUGUGACCGCGUCGUGUCCAACAGGAAAGGAAUGGCACCAAGUGACUCUGGGCCAGUACAUCAUUGAUGACCCAUCAAUCCUCGAAUCAACCUUCAACUUCUUCUCGUCUGUCGGCUCCGCGUAUCGGAGUGCUCGAACGACCGAAUACCUCCGCCAUGCAGCCAAGGGAUUGCUUCAGUCCACAAAAGACAUGGCUUUCUCGCUAUUCAGAGACGGUGGUUCGCCAAAACAGAUUUAUUGUAAUAUGCAAAGUGGGGUGUGGCUGUUGGAUACAAGAAACACUUUGCACGCAUGUCGCGGCCAGGCUACCGGUGCGUACUGGGAUAUGGUCUGCCCUACUGGUACGGCGAAGUCUGCCACAUGGCGUUGUGUUUCAACCGGGCUUGCGGGUUAUAUCUGGGCGAUACAACCCAAUGGUGAUUUCACAUGUUUCCAUCCUAAAGGCCCGAGCUAUAAUGUAGAAUGUCCUUCGUCCCGUGUUGUUGAUUUCACGAGCGGUUCACCGCACGGACUGUGGUGUUUUGUUACCGAGCAAAAUUCUAAAGUUCACAUACGAGAUGGAAUCUCGGCAGAAUACCCACAAGGCUUUGCGUGGACGUCGUUGUCCCUUCACCGUCAAGAGAUUGGUAACAUUAAGCACCUCAGCGUAGGAGCACUCACUGUAUGGGCUGUGGACAGUAAUGGUCAAGUAUGGAUAAGAAUCGGCAGUAUUCGAGGCGAUGAUGAGGGCAGCGUGCUUGCUCAAGCUUGGUUACCCCUAGAUAACCCUAAGCACACAGAGUUUAUCAGCGUCGAGGUGAACUGUAACGAUUCCAUGGUCUGGGCAAUUGAUGCGAAAGGGGCAGUUUACGCCAGAGACGGUGUGAAGGAAGUCUUCGUUGUCGGCCAACAAUGGCGUGAAGUCGAGGGUGUCGCUCUGAAGAGUGUUUGCCUAAGCUCGUAUGUGGUCUACGGCUUGUGUAUCACCGGCGAAAUCGUGUGUAGGUUUGGUGUGUCGGAGGAGAAUUGUAUUGGCGAUUAUUGGAAGAAGAUUCCUGGCUGUUUCCCGCAAAUCUCGGUGAACAGCGCUGGCGAGUUGUGGGCCAUCAGCGAGGACGAGAAGUUGUAUGCGCGUAAGAUGAAAUGUUUGGUGUUUUUGAGAGGCGAUGGAAAGGAGGGCGAGGGAGAGGGCGUGGUUGAUGGUGGCAGUCAUGGUGAUGGCGAUGGUGAUGAUGGUGGGGACUGGGAAUUGAUAUGAGAAACAGGACGUUUUGAUGUAGUGAUCAUAGAGAUUAUAAAUAACACUAGAGGAGGCAUUGUAAUCUUAAUUCAGUAAAAAAAGGGAACGCGACUAUUGGGGGGCAAAUUCAAGUCCCGGAUGAGUAUUCGUGUUCCCAUUGGUGACGAGUUUCAAAUCAGCCAAUGAGAGCACGAUUUUAUAUCCGGGACUUGAAUUUGCCCUCCAUUAGCUGCGUUCCCAAUUCUUAAACUCGAUGCCUCCUCUAGUGUUAUUUAUAAUCUCUAUGGUAGUGAUGUCGCCGUUGACGAACCUUUUAUUAGAGACCUUAAGAUGGAUGGCAAAGCGACGACGGCGGUCAUAUAAAUGAUUGUAAAGAAAGCUCAUCCCUCGUAUUCUUGGGUUUCAUAUGACGUCACAAAAGUGUUGACGUCACAAAAUUGUCAGAGUGAGUCGAUUGUUCGUUUUAUGUACAAAGCCUUGUGUUUGGUGGCAAAUACGUGGAAUUUCGUAUCAUUUUCUCACUCCAGUACAGCAUAAGCAUCAAUACAUUUGAGGCUGACCCCCCGUCAGACUCACUGCAUAAUGCCGUAGUGAAAUCCAAGAAUAUUAUCAACCGUAUGAAUUUAACACAGCUCGAAGAGAUCAAAACACAGGCUUUUUACUGAAUAGAAUUCCACAUUAUUGUAGUACUGAACCAAUUUGCUGGGCAUGUACAGUACUUCUUGCGUACUAAAAUGCAGACGUUCACAGGACGUAAAAACCAUGGGAUUUUAAUUAUUCCUUUCUUUUCUUAAAUUUUUUUUAUUUCAUUGUAUUACUAGUCGUCGUCACAUUGUCGUCCUAGAUCUUAAGGUCUCUCUAUUAGAUGAACUAUGACUGGAACAGUUUUAUUAAAGGACUACCACGAUUACCCAAAUUUAUAUCGCAGACUGCAUAUAUGUUAAAUUUAUCAGUGGUAACUAUUAGUAAUAUAGUUGUUGCAGAUUUAAUACAAAUUAUUCUUAAAGUUGUUCUGGUUAAUUUGAAAUGCGCAAUUCUUGUUCGAUUCAUAAUACAAUCUUACAGCAAUGUGCAUACAGUCUGAUUGCCGGGAGAAAAAAACUUGUUGACUUUGCAAAUCUGUUCGUUUCUACAUGAAAAAUUUUCCGUGUGAUUUUCCUUUCAAAGUCAAUCGUGCAGUUCAAAUGUUAAGCCGUUGUUCACUUUUUCAAAAUCACCCAACGGCAAUGGUAACAUGUAGGAGCGAUUCUUCACAUUCAAACACAAGACAUCGCUCGAGUGUAUAGCGACUGAGCACACAACAGCGCACAAAACGAACUCACUUGGUGUCUUGCUUCUAAUGGCUACUUUUCAGUUGCAUCCAUUUCGUCCAGAAAGUGUGUACAUUUUGUUUUCAUAAGUUUUAUAGCUUCACUGACAAGUAUCUCAGCGGGCAGGGCUCCGGUUGAUUCAACUGAAA